UAUGUUCAACGCUUCGUUUGUGAACACCGGUGUGUUUUGAACACCUGAGUACCCACCCAUUGUAACAUUACCGCAAAUUGUAAGGAGAUCUUGCAGGCAUGAAUGGAGACGGUGUCGCCGAGGUUCAGGGGAAGCUAAAAGAGGUCUUGGUUUUCGCGCGUCAAUUUUAAAACGAGGCUGAUGCUACUAUAGCAACGCAUGUAAACUAUACCUGACCGGCUAACAGUAAACAAAGCUACCGAAACAGUCCGCAACCACAACACACAACAAAUUCAGCCAUAAUGAUAAGUGAUGGUACGUAGGCAACUUUUAUAUAUGCAAAAACGAUUCUUUACUCAAAUAUAGGGGAAUAAUUUUGUACUUUUCAAGUCAAAUGUCUACAUCUUGGAGUUACUUUCUUGGUGGUGAUUCGGCCAACAGCUGACUGCACAACAUGACAGCGUGGUGACCACGCAACACAACCUGUUUGGCCGCUCCCCUGGCCAGCCGAUUGUGUUCUGCUGAUCAUUGUCUGGAGCGUACAAAGCUGUUGAUUGCAUAUUAACUGCACUUGAAGCACGUCGUUUUUCUAUUGUGAAACUUGUCUCUAUCAGGACCUCUCUUCGACUUGUUGGAGAAGGAAGCUUUUUUCCCUAACGUUAUAAUUUAUUGAGCACCAGAGAGCCCGGAAGUAGCUCACAAGGACGCUGUUGACCGGUUACCUACACGGCGCUGUCCGACGUGACAUACCUGCUUUACUAAGAGGUCAUUCGAAAAUCGGACUGCCUUAACUAUGCCGAAAGGGAGAAAAUUCGCACCGGGAAAUGACUGUGAUGGAAACUGGUUUCGCCACAGAACGCGCGGCUACGAGACGCCGAAGUUCCAGCGCCACGUGGACACCAGUACAGGGGAGAUGUUGACCAGGCCCUUCAGUGACAGUUCUCCCAGUUCCCAGACUAACACUCCUCCCAAAUUUGCCAACAGACUUGAUUACGUCAACACGCAAAACGCGAAGCGGUACGACCAGGUCAACCCCUUCUCCUGGCAUGACAAUAGGAACUCCUUCCAGGACCAUGGGGAGUACUUUGGACAUGGUCUUGGUAAACAAUCUGUGGUUCCUGUUGAAAAGAGUCUUCAUUACUCCAAUAACUACAUCCGCUGGACCACCCGCGAGGGAAGCCACACCGACAACAUGAGCAGCUACGCGGUGUCCUUCCGGGGUGAUCGCGACACCGAGUCACCCACACGACGUCGCUUUCCCCGCACGUACAGCAAGCCGCAGCAGGGUAGGAUAAAACUGGACACGGCCACCACAGACUGGAGUAAUGAAAGCCACAGGACCCCUCUACAGGUCAUGGCAUCUGCACAGGAACCCUUCCUACCACACAACCCAUGGAGAUACUCAUUCAAGGCACAUGAACAGGGCAGAAAUCCCCUGUGUAUGCAGAAUUAAGGGGUCCAAACCUCCAGACUCUUAAAUGAGUGCUGGAGUAUACUACAUACAAUCAACAUAUCAUCUUGUAAAUAUCUUAAGAAUUUCAUUAACUACAGAGAAAGAUAUUUCCUAAGUUAUAAUAAUGAACAUGGCUGGGGCUAAUCUUUUGAAAAAAUGCUCCUUAGUAACAUAUCAAAGGUUUGGAUGAUGACAAUUCAUACACAAUAGCAAACAGGUCAAUAAAGGAGGUCAAACUUCCUUGGGAGAACUAGUUCAUAAAACUGUUUAUAACAUUCAUUUGUUCACUACUUCAACCGAUUGCUUUUGUUGUGCUAUUGACUGGAAAUACAUUCCAGCAAAUGGAGACAAGAACCAUAGUUGCUUCUGGUAUGCAUUGUAACAUUUGUCAACUUAUGGUACUCACUGUAAUUGUAUAUAUCUUAUUUAUGACUAGAUGUACAUAAAGCUGCAGGAUGUCAAAAAUGAUCAAUAUGACAAUCACUAUAUCAUAUUCAGUUUGAGUAUAUCAUAAUCAAUGAGCUUUCAAUCAGACAUUAUGUGCUGUAAAAAGGAAUAAACGCAUCAAUCUUGUGUCAA